AUGGAUAUUAAAUUUCCCGAAGAAGGCCUGAACAUUCGGGUUGAAGUUUUCAUAGGAUGUGAUGAAAAAUGUAAAAGUGUUGAAGACAUAAAUAUUUGUGAACUAGAUGAAAACAAAGCAUUGCUUUUAGAUGAACUAGAACCACUGAGACUUGUGGAGAGUGAAAAUAUUAAAAGAAUGCUAGAUGAUGAUGAAAUUCAGCAAAUUGAAUUACAGCAUCAGCGUCGACAAAGGGUGACCGUAUUUUUAGAAAUGGUAGAGCAAAGGGGAAGAAUAGGACUGGAGACACUUCUGCAGGAGCUUAAGUCAAAGAAUGAAGAAUAUAUUCUUAGUAAAUGGGUUUCGAAUAGCAAAAUGUUGAACGCAACACAGAAAGAGAAUCUUCGAAGAUGUAUUUUGGAAAACUUCGAAAAGAUAGCUGAUGACAUAGACGAAACGAUAAGUUCCUUGACGAUUAAAGCUCAAGACGAGAGAUCAUACAAAAGUGGCAAUUUUGUGCUCAGUCAGGCAUUGAAAUGUGAUAAAACUCUCGUUCGAUUUUACUGUGCAGCAAAAGGAACACGUAUAGAACGUCUUACAAGGAGUGCCCCUGCCAGACUGGGAAGGAGAAAAAAACCAGACGACAAUCAUACACGUUCCCAUCCACUUAGUAACAGAGAUGCUCUUAAGUAUGAUGAAUAUGAUCACAAUGAAACGCGGACUUAUCCACUCAGUGGCAGAAAUGAACGUAUGUAUGAUGAUACGUGA